UCUAUGGGUUCAUACACACAACCAGAUGAGCACUUGAGGAGCUUUGGACUCCAGGACGAAUCCGAAGCUUUUAUUGGCUUCCGUACUACGUACGCCCAUCCUCUUGUUGCGCACUGACCAGUGGAAUCCCCCCCUUAGAGUAGAAUUUUGAAGAUGAACUUGUCCUACUUGGUAGCUUGUGGACUUAUGGUCACGCUGCUUUCGGGGAGGAUGCGCGCAAAACCUUUAUCUGAGGCGAGGCAGGAGUCCCUCCGAAGUUUUCUGGGGGACGAGCUGACGGACCUUUUGGAGUCAGAGGAGCGAGACAGGCGGGUAGAUGCUGUGCGCGCUCGGAUGCGCUUGCUGCGAGAUUUACGCAUGGAUACCCGGAGAGGGAUGUGGGCUCGGCUGCUCAACGACCAGCCCGCACCGAAGAAGCACAAAUCUGGAAGCAAGAAGGCGGGCUCCGCGGCGCGGAGUGGCUGUUUCGGACAUAAGAUGGAUCGGAUAGGGACCAUCAGUGGUAUGGGCUGCUAGUAUUGGAUCACAGCUUUUUGACGAUCUCUGAAGGAUGGGUUUGAAGAAUAGCAUUUUAUUCUCACCUGUAGGGGAAAAAAACUCAACAGAUUUUCGGUACAAAAGUCAUCACGACCAGCAUAAAAAGAGACUGAGAUGACAAUACUAGAAAAA